AUGUAUCUAUUUCAGUCUGUUUUUCUCUCUCUUUCUAUCUAUCUAUCUGUCUGUUUUUAUAUAUCUAUUUCAGUCUGUUUUUCUCUAUCUCUCUAUCUAUCUAUUUCAGUCUGUUUCUCUCUAUCUAUUUCUCUAUCUAUCCGUUUCUAUCUAUCUAUUUCAGUCUCUUUCUCUCUAUCUAUUUCUAUCUAUCUAUUUCAGUCUAUUUCUAUCUAUCUAUCUAUCUAUCUAUCUAUCUAUCUAUCUAUCUAUCUAUCUAUUUCAGUCUCUUUCUCUCUCUCUCUCUCUCUAUCUAUUUCUAUCUAUCUAUCUAUCUAUCUAUCUAUUUCAGUCUUUUUCUCUCUCUUUCUCUAUCUAUUUCUAUCUAUCUAUUUCAGUUUGUUUCUAUCUAUCUACACCCGUCUCUUUAUAAGUUGUUGCUAUCUAUCUAUCUAUCUAUCUAUCUAUCUAUCUAUCUAUCUACACUUAUCUCUUUAUAAGUUGUUGCUAUCUAUCUAUCUAUCUAUCUACACUUAUCUCUUUAUAAUUGUUGCUAUCUAUCUAUCUAUCUAUCUAUCUAUCUAUCUAUCUAUCUAUCUAUCUAUCUACACUUAUCUCUUUAUAAGUUGUUGCUAUCUAUCUAUCUAUCUACACUUAUCUCUUUAUAAGUUGUUGCUAUCUAUCUAUCUAUCUAUCUAUCUAUCUAUCUACACCCGUCUCUUUAUAAGUUGUUGCUAUCUAUCUAUCUACACCCGUCUCUUUAUAAGUUGUUGCUAUAUAUCUAUCUAUCUACAUCCGUCUCUUUAUAAGUUGUUGCUAUCUAUCUAUCUACACCCGUCUCUUUAUAAGUUGUUGCUAUCUAUCUAUCUAUCUAUCUAUCUAUCUAUCUAUCUAUCUAUCUAUAAUUCUGUUCAAUCUAUUUAA